AUGGAUUUUAACCGCCUUGUCUUCAGUGGCGUCCGAUUGUUUAGGUGUCGCUCUCUGAGCGGGUUGGUUGACAAUCGGAUCCCAAAUGCCCUUCCGCGUUCCUCUGAUGCACUGCCGGCUCUCAAUGACAGCAUGGAGCGCCGCGCAUCAUCUCUCCUCUGCCGCCUGCUGCUCUGUGCGGCGGUCUGCACGGCCUGCGGCGCGCUGGCCACGUCAUUGCUGCCCCUUUCUCACCAUGGCGGUUCUACUGCUUUCUCACCAUCAUUGCCUACUGCCGCUUCUGCCGCUUCGGCCUCUUCCACCGCUUCUGCCAGGCCCCUGGUUUGGAAGGGUACGACAUUUUUGAAAUACACUGUCAAACUGCGCCCUACCAUGCUCAAAGGGAAAUUAGUCGGUGAUGCAGGAGCUUCGGGGAAAAUCGUGUACAAGGGAGUGAGGUAA